AUGGUAAAGGUGGCGGUGGCGUCGCUGGCAUCACUGGGCGUCACUGGUGGCAGCCGUAGUGCUGGGGGCAGCCGCGGUGCUAGAGACGCUGCGCGGCGCUGGGCGGCGCGGGGCGGUACCGGGCGGUACGGGUGGUACCGCGCGUCGUUGGGCGGUACCGGGCGGUACGGGCAGUACCGCACGUCGCUGGGCGGUACCGCGCGUCGCUGGGCGGUGCCGGGCGGUACGGGCGGUACUGCGUGGUAUGGGCGGCGUCGCGCGUCGCAGGGCGAUGCCGGGCGGUACCAGGCGCCACUCGUUGGGCAGCGAAUGCUUGCCCAGGCGGUGGUUGUGGCGGCGAGUGCUUAUCCAGCGCGCGUGGGGGCGCGUGGGGCGGCCCUGGGCGGCGAUUGGCGGCGUGCAGCAGUGCGUAGCAGCCCGUGGUGCUGCUUGGCGCUGCUGGGCCGGCCAAGCCGCGGCGCGUUGGGCGGCGGGUGCUCGCCCGAGCGCUGGGUGUGGCAGCCGCGGGCAGCUGGUCGUGCUGUGGCGGCCGCGGCAGCUGCUGGCGUUGGCUGGGUCGGCGGCUGCUGCUGCUGGCAGGGCCGAGCUGCUGUGGCGGCUGCUGUGGCGAUUUGGGGUUAG